AUUCUGACACAACCAAUAACACAGUUUUUAUAAAGUGUCUGAACAAGUGCACCUGGUUCCUCAGGGCGGACAUAUUGAACGUCCCAGGAAGUUACCAAAUAUGCUCACUUGUCCCUUAGAGGGUUAAUAUCGGCAAUAUUGUUAAAAUAUCGAUUUGUAGUCAGUCUGUGGGUUUUUGCUGCCACAUGUGGGCUGUUGCAGCAGAAAGUAGGCCACCGUCGUCUUUACGUCGCCGUGCGUCGCCUUACGUCUGACGUCAGCGCGUCAGCUGGCCGAAUGUUUACAUCCAGCAGCAGCGGUGUGUUUGUGAGCGGAGCCCCAACAACAAAAGACCGAACAGCGGCCGAACCCAGCGGGACACGGACUCUCCGGCGGCCGUUACAGCAGUCAGGAUGGGUGGAGCUGUGAGUGCCGGCGAGGACAACGACGACUUGAUUGACAACCUGAAGGAGGCUUACUACAUCCGCUCUGACCUGGUGGAGCGAGCCUUUCGAGCUAUCGACCGGGCCGACUACUACCUGGACGAGUACCGGGACAACGCCUACAAGGACUUGGCGUGGCGACAUGGAAACAUCCACCUGUCUGCUCCGUGUAUCUACUCGGAGGUGAUGGAGGCUCUGGAUCUCCAUCCUGGACUCUCCUUCCUCAACUUGGGCAGCGGGACCGGCUACCUGAGCACCAUGGUCGGCCUCAUCCUGGGACCCUUCGGAGUGAAUCACGGCAUCGAGCUGCACGCCGACGUGAUUGAAUACGCCUACCAGAAGCUCGACUCCUUCAUCAAAACCAGCGACAGCUUCGACAAGUUUGAGUUCUGCGAGCCGUCCUUCGUGGUGGGUAACUGCCUGGAGAUCCCUCCGGAGAGCCGACAGUACGACAGAGUUUACUGCGGAGCCGGAGUGCAGAAGGAACAUGAGGAUUAUAUGAAGAACCUGCUGAAGGUGGGAGGCAUCCUGGUGAUGCCUCUGGAGGAAAAGCUGACCAAGAUCACCCGUACAGGAGUGAACAGCUGGGAGACCAAAAAGAUCAUCUCGGUGUCCUUCGCUCCUCUGGUGCUGCCCAAACACAGCACCAACGGCAAACCCAAGACCGUCCCACUGCCCAAGUACGAGGUGCGGACGUUACAGGAACUGGCUCGCAUCUGCAUCCGUCACACCCUCAGAGUGACCACGGACGGAGGCGACAGCCAAUCCCGCGGCCGAGGCUCCUCCUUCAGCGUGGGCCGCGGCCUGGCCGUGGCGGGGCUCCACAAGUACGGGCCUCGCUUCAAGCGCCGGCGGGUCCACCGGCGCCACUGCAACGCCCUCGUCCUCGCCACCCGCCAGGUGGUGGCGAGCAGCGGCAUCGGCCCCGCCCCGCUGGACAGCAACAACAACCAGGACGAGGAGGAGGCGGGCGAGAGGGAGGCCAGGCGGCCGGUGAGGGGCAGCAGGAGGUCGGGCAGAGGAGGCGGCGGCGGCGGCAGCGUGGUGGAGGAGGAGGAGGCGGUGGAGGAGGAGGACGAAGAGGAGGAGCAGGAGGAAGAGGAGGAGAAGGAGACGGGCGAGCUGCUGCGACCACAGCCGGCCGUCAACCUCCUGAGGGAGCGAAUCCUCGGCCUGCCGCUGCCAGAACCGCUCAAGAUGUACCUGCUGUACUACCGGGAGAAGUGAGGCCCGGCCGGGAGCAGCCAGGUCAGAGCCCAGAGCUGGAAUCCUGCAGGGGCCGACGCCUCUUCCAAACCCCCCCAACACCACCUGUACAAGGCAGGACAACACACCUGACCGACCCCCGGCUCCAUCACGGGUCUCUUUCUCUCUCUGUCACCUGCCCUCAUCCUCUCCAUCAUCCAUCCUCUUUCCUGCUCCUCUUUUCGCUCUGAUCUGUAAAGAGUCCGUCUGUCCAGUGGAGGGGGGAGGGAGGGAGGGUGAUGCUACGACACUCUGCGCCUCCUUUGAAGGUGCAGAGACACAGAAAUCGGUACGUAACACAUGUCUAUGAAUUGGCUCUGCAGCUCUGUAUAACUAAUAUCGCCUAACAACAGCUUUACGGUGCAACGUAGCGGCGCUGCCAGACGUUCAGGUCAAACACUGUAGCAACAAGCAGAGAGAGACCAGACGGCGCUCUUCUAUCUAGUGUAGGCUGAAGCUGUGGGAGCUGGUGUGAUUUAACAUCUGACGGGGACGCGGUGUUGUUUUUUAACGAAGGGGGACGCAGAGUUCUGCCAGAAGAAGAAGAAGUGCGUUUCCUUCGCCGAUGUUGCGUCUACAGCUAGCGGGUGACCAAGAUGGCGGGUGGUGACUAUUUCCACUGAUUUCCAAAUAAAACGGGAGCUUCGCCUCGAGCCCCCCGGUUCAUUAGAUGAUUUAGCUCGUAGGAUAAUGCCAGUUUAUCUCCACCUGCCGCGUUUUCCUAUUAAUGCGGCGCGCGCGUUCGUAAGGAGACGCGGCAGGUCGACAUACACCAGAAUUAGCCUUUAAAUAUAUCCAAUGCCAAGGGUUGGUCGUCAUUUCAAAGCAUUUUUAGGAGUUGAUUUACUGGAAAGGUUGAGUUUUUCCCCUUUUCUAUGCAUAAUGUUUCAUUGUGUGAGUCUACCGACUUUAGAUCCUUACAUGCAUAUCCAAAGGGCAGCCUCACUGUUUUUCUCUACAUCCCAUAAUAUUCUCUUAACCGAAAGAGAACGACCAUAAAAAAAAAAACAGAUCACAACUUACUAAUAUUCCAUUUUACAUGAUUAAACCAGCAUGAUAACAACACAGAAGUAACGUUUUCGAUGAUCGACUGCAAGUUUUUCUCUCACUGUGCUUUUCUUUUUUCUUGUAAUGUCUUUUUUUUUCUUUU